AUGAGCACCACUUCGACUCUCUCCGAAGCCGCAGCUGCGGCCCGUAACGCGGCCAAGGAUGCGCCUCAAGCAAUGAAGGCAGCAGCCGAGAACCCCAGAAAGGCCACUCGGGACAUCCUGCACACACCCUUCGUUCGCGCUGCUUUGCCUUUCAUCAAUGGUGGCAUCGCAGGUAUGGUCGCCACAUCAGUUAUCCAGCCAAUCGACAUGAUCAAGGUGCGUUUGCAGCUUGCUGGCGAAGGUGUCAAGACUGGACCUAAACCUUCACCUCUGUCGAUUACCCGCGAUAUCAUCGCCAGCGGCAAGGCCCGCGAUCUGUACACUGGUCUCAGUGCAGGCCUCUUGAGACAAGCCGUGUACACGACAGCCCGUAUUGGCAUCUUUGACACCUUCAUGGGCACUUUGAGCAAGAGAGCCAAGGAACAGGGCAAGCAAGUUGGCUUCGCUGAGCGUGCUGUAGCUGGUCUUUCCGCAGGCGGAUUGGCAGCCAUGGUCGGAAACCCUGCAGAUCUCGCGCUCAUCCGCAUGCAGAGUGAUGGUCUCAAGCCUGCAGCGCAGCGUGCAAACUACAAGUCGGUCUUCGACGCCCUGACUCGCAUCUCGCAGAAGGAAGGAGUCGCUGCGCUCUGGUCUGGUGCUGGACCCACGGUAGUGCGCGCCAUGGCCUUGAACUUUGGACAACUUGCCUUCUUCUCGGAAGCAAAGAACCAACUCAAAGACACAUCCUUGUCGCCUCGCACCCAGACCCUGACAGCAUCGGCAGCAGCAGGUUUCUUCGCAUCUUUCUUCAGUCUGCCAUUCGACUUUGUCAAGACCAGACUGCAGAAGCAGACCAAGGGACCUAACGGUGAAGUUCAGUACAAGGGCAUGUUCGACUGCUUCAAGAAGGUCGCAGCCGAGGAAGGACCAUUGAGAUUCUACAGAGGAUUCUCGACAUACUACGUGCGCAUCGCGCCUCACGCUAUGGUGACACUCAUCGUGGCUGACUACCUUGGCUUCAUUACCAAGUAA